UGGUGCUGGUGCUGUACUGGAACAGGGUGGAGGAAAAUCCCCACUCAGAUACACAUCAGCAAAUUCAGAUCUGGCAGCAGAGGAUACUUUCCAUCCAGGCAUCUUGGUGGGACUGGCAGGGGAAGGAGGCCAUGUGCAUGGAGGCACUGCCAGUGAUCAGCAGCUGACACGGUGCUAUAUGUGUCUAUGGGGAUCGCAUAUCAUGGAGGCGAUGCUGGAAGAAGAGCCCACACCAGGAAGCUAAGAGAUCGCGAAAAAAGGCAAACUCUUUGCAACGAUCCGGCAAACUAGGGUUAAAGAGGGAGGAACCUGUAGUUUAUUCUGCACGAGUCUUCUGCUGGGCUGUUAAGGGCACAGAGCCUACUGUAUCCAGCAGGGCCAUGGAGAAGGCGUCUCAGCAGCAGCAGAGUGGAGGGGGCAGCAGUAACAGUAGCAGCCGGAGCAGCAGCAGGGCCACCUCGGCGGGGUCCUCUCCGUCCUCUGCCAGCCGUGGGUUAGGCUCGGGAUCCGUGCGAGGUCUGCAGCAGCAGCAGCAGCAUCAGGCUGUGGCAGCGGCUGGGAAGCUGGAUGGGGGAGCAGCACAGGCGAGCAAGGGAGGCAGGGAGCUGCAGCAGCAAAGACAAGUCAUAGAGGGGUCGCUGAACAAGUACACCAACCUCAUCCAGGGCUGGCAGAACAGAUAUUUCGUGUUGGAUUUUGACUCUGGAAUUCUGCAGUAUUUUGUGACGGAAUCAAGUAAAAACCAGAAGCCAAGAGGGUCACUGUCUUUAACAGGAUCUGUGAUUUCUACGAGCGAUGAAUCACCUUGCAUGAUUAUUGUAUAUUCUGCCAGUGGCGAAAUGUACAAACUCAAAGCUUCUGAUUCCAAUGAGAGACAGUUCUGGCUGAAUAACUUACAAGCAUGUGCCAAGUAUCACACAGAGUCUAAGAGCUCAGUGUCUCAGAGGUCAAGGAGUUUUUCACUGCUUCCUCAUGGAACAUCUAAUUCAUCAUCUCCAGGGAGCCAGAGGCACCUGACUCACAUUGGCCCCAGUGUUGUCACCGUCACACACCACAAGUCCCCUGCUGCUGCCAGAAGAUCCAAGAACCAGAGUCCUCCACAGCUACAUGACGUAAAAGAGGUUUUUGCUCAAGUGGAAGGACAGCAGAGAAAUCUUGCACAUGCUAUUGAAUCCUUAUCAGGCUCUGGCCCUCUGUCUGCCUUGGACCAGGACUUGCUGCUUUUGAAAGCUACCUCCGCUGCCACCCUCAGCUGCCUCGGAGAAUGUCUCCAUUUACUACAACAGAGUGUUUAUCAAGUUGGGAACAGCAGCAAGACAGUGUCAUCAGAUAACAUCCUGAGCUGGCAUGGACCAAAGUCUCACUCCACUGAAAAUCUAAAAAAUGGGAGCCUCACUUCUUUGCCAUCUUCCAGUGCCAACUUAACUUGGCCAAUGUUACCAAGCAUGCCUCAAGACUACCAGAUAUUUGACUGUAAUAUUGAGGCUGGUCCCCCAGAGGCUGAGGAUGAGCUGACGGACACAGAAGAUAAUGAGGAAGAAGAUUUAGGCGUCAUGGAUGAUCAGCGCAGUGUAAUCCUUCACCUUAUCUCACAGCUCAAGCUUGGCAUGGAUCUUACCAAGGUAGUGCUUCCAACAUUUAUUUUGGAGAAGAGAUCCCUCCUGGAGAUGUAUGCAAAUUUCAUGGCCCAUCCAGACGUGUUUUUGGCCAUUGCUGCUGGAACAACCCCAGAGGAACGAAUGAUCAGCUUUGUGGAAUAUUACCUUACAGCCUUCCAUGAAGGCCGUAAAGGUGCAGUGGCCAAGAAACCCUAUAACCCAAUUAUAGGUGAAACAUUUCAUUGCAGCUGGGAUGUCCCCAAGGACAAAGUAAAACCUUGUAGAACUCAUGCUUCUUCUGCACAAGCAAAAGAAACUUCCACAACCCAGAGCUUUCCAACAGACUUGUAUAAAGUGCGAUUUGUGGCUGAACAAGUAUCGCAUCAUCCACCCGUGUCUUGCUUUUAUUGUGAAAGUAAAGAGAAGAAAAUGUGUGUGAAUGCUCAUGUGUGGACCAAAAGCAAAUUCCUGGGGAUGUCAGUUGGAGUUUCAAUGGUUGGAGAAGGAACAUUGAAGCUGAUGGAGUAUGAUGAGGACUAUGUAUUCACACUUCCCAGUGCCUAUGCUCGUUCCAUUCUCACAGUUCCUUGGGUGGAACUGGGUGGAAAAAUAAACAUUUCCUGUGCCAAGACAGGAUACUUAGCUACGGUUACAUUCCAAACAAAGCCCUUUUAUGGAGGAAAAGUCCACAGAGUCACAGCUGAGGUCAAGCACAAUCCCACCAACACUAUAGUUUGUAAGGCCCAAGGUGAAUGGAAUGGAACUCUGGAAUUCACAUACAGCAGUGGGGAAACCAAAGUGAUUGAUACCACUAAGCUUCCAGUUAUCAAGAAAAAGAUACGGCCAUUGGAGAAGCAAGGACCCUUUGAGUCAAGGCGUGUUUGGGAAAAUGUCACCAACGCUUUAAAAUCUGAGAACAUUGAAGCGGCUACAGAGCACAAGCACCAAUUAGAGGAGAGGCAGCGAGCAGAAGCCAGGCAGAGGGCAUCCAUCAACUCCCCAUGGAAGCCGAAGUAUUUCAUCAAGGAGGGUGACGGCUGGGUAUAUGUCAACCCUUUGUGGAAGCAACAUUGACCAACAAGAGUUCCCUUACCUCUAAUGCGGUGAUGCAGUGCUAACAGAAUGUUGAAUCCAGGUGUUACUUAUUAAACAUACUGGAAGAAAGAACUCUGAUACUGUGAAUAUUACCUAUGGCCUUCCGCAGGCUCGGUCUCUUUAUUGAAAAGCCAUUCAAAUGUCACUAUAUAUAUAUGUGUGUAUAUAUAUAUAUAUAUAUAUAUAUAUAUAUAUAUAUACAUACACUAUGUAUCAAUUAAUAUUUUAGUAUAAACACAUGCAUAUAUACAUAACAUAUAAAUAUGUGCAUCGAUAAAAAUGUAAAUCAUAAUGAGCUUUAUUUGCCAAAUUUCUUAUUACUUUUCUGUAGGCAUGCUUAGCUCCUACCUUACCAAAAAAUGCAAAUGUUUCGC